GCCGGAGUAAAGUUUGUCCAAGUUGCACAUCCCUUCGGAAACGCCAUUUUGAUUCCUCUCCUCUCCGGAGCAAGUUUGCAGCCUCUCUCUCUCUCUCUUUCUCCCUUCUUUUUUUUUUUUUUUCCUUCAUCCCCUCCUUUUAUCAUCCACCAUCACAGCCGUUCAUCAUCAUCAUCAUCAUCUCCCCCCACCAACCAACCACCACCAUCAUCAUCCUCGCCACGAUGUCUCGGCGCAAGCAGCCCAACCCCAACAAAGUCAAGCCAGUCAUGGAAAACUGCACAGAGGAGCAGCGAGAGGACUUGAACGAGGAGUCUGAGCUAACGGCGCCGACGGAGGAGAAGACGCGCGGUAAACUCAAAGCCAUCAACGGAGCGAUGGAGGAGGCAGCGAGCGGAGGAGAGAAGCUACAGAACGGAGAUGGAGGAGGAGGAGGAGGAGGAGGAGGAGGAGGAGGAGGAGGGAUGGAAGGAGGAGGGAUGGAAGGAGGAGGAGGCGGAGACCUGUCCUCCAUCAACGCCAUGAUGUCAGCGGUGAUGUCAGCAGCAGGGACCAUCAACGGCGAGGACAGAGGAGGAGGAGGAGGAGGAGAAGGAGAGAGCGGAGUCACUUCGGCCAACUCCUCUGCCGGGCCGUCGCCGAGCCCCUCCCCCAACAAGUCGCUCUCGGGCGCCUUGAGAGCCCCGCCUACCCGCAACGCACGACGCACCCAGGACACCAAAGACGACAGCUUAGCUUUUAUCUGUCCGCUGUGCGACAAGAACUGUCUAACACAACACCAGCUCACCAUGCACAUCAGACAGUCCGCUGCCUCACACAACCCAGGCCGGCGCACGACUCACUCCUGCAGCAUCUGCGGGAAGUGUCUGAGCUCGGCGUCUUCGCUGGACCGCCACAUGCUGGUCCACAGCGGGGAGAGACCGUACAAGUGUAACAUCUGUGGACAGACCUUCACCACCAACGGCAACAUGCACAGACACAUGAAGAUCCACGAGAAGGACCCGGCCAGCGGCCUGCUCCCCGUCAGCCCGCCAUCGCCCAACAAACGGCGCCGUCCGUCCGUGAAGAGGAGGCCGGGCCCGGAGGAGGAGAACGGAGAGGAGCCGCCCAGCAAGAAGGUGGUGGAGGAUGCGGCUGCGGAGGAGUCCGUGGCAGCUCUGCGUGGAGCUGAGGAGGAGCUGCUGCCCUGUCCCAUCUGCUUCAAGACCCUGAACUCCAGACUGGAGCUGGACGCACACAUGGACACACACCCCGACACCGCACUGAGGUGUGAUUUCUGCUGCCUGUCUUUCCGAACUCACCGCGGCUUGUUGCGUCACAACGCCGGCGUUCAUAAGAUUCUCCCCCAGGACCCCAGCGGCCACCCCUUCAUCCAGAACAACCCCUCCAUCCCCACCGGCUUCAACGACCUGGCCUUCAUCGACUUCUCCUGCAAGAAGUUCGCUCACAUCGCACAGGUCUGGUGCGAGACAAACCUUCGUCGCUGUAUCAGCAAGUUCCACCGGUUCGUCUGCGACAGCUGCGACAAGGCGUUCCCCCUGCGCUCGGCCCUGGACCUCCAUAAAACCAUCUCCCACGCCGACAAACCGGCCGCCAACGGCACGCAGGAAAUGGAAGAGGAGGCGGAGGACGGAGCCGCUGAAAACGGCGACGACGACAGUCCGGACGUUGAGAAAGAAGUCCCUCCCUCGGAGCAGGCCGGCUUCUUGGAAGCGCUGGGUCUUCAGCACGUUUCUCAGGUGAAGUCCGGUCCCACAGACGACGAGAUCCAUCAGGCGCACCUGGACAGCAUCAAGGUGAUCCACGUGGAGCCGCCGUCCUCCAGCCUCCCCCAGGAGCCGGCCUCGGCCUACCUGUCCGGCGGCCUGGGGCUGACGCUGGGGCUCGGCGUGGGCGGCCUGGCGGCCCUCAGCAUCCCGCUGCUGGAGGCCUCGGGCUCGGCCUCCGCCCUGCAGGGCCUCUCGCAGAAAGACGCCCUGAGCCUGCUCUCCCUGCAGCCCUUCCAGAGCGGCUUCCUGCUGCAGCCGGACGGCGGCGGCGCCGCCACGGCCAGCGCCGGCUCGUCGGGGGUCAAGCCCGGCGAGGCCGGCGGCGCCGGGAUCAUGGAGCUGGCCGACAUUCAGCAGAUACUCAAAGUGGCGAGUUCGGCGCCCAAUCAGAUGGGGCUGUCCCUCCCACCUUUGGCUAAAGCGCCGGGAUUCGCGGGAGGUCAAGGUCAAGGCCAGAAGGCGAUGCCUCCGCUGAAGCCCAAACCUCCCAUCACGCCUCGCUCCAGCCUCACCGCGACCACCCCUCCCCCGCUGCAGAGCUCCCAGCAGGCCUCGCUGGGCUGCAUCAGCCCCAGCCUGCCUCCUCCCACCCCGACUCUCUUCAAAACACCCUCCUCUUCCUCCUCCUCGUCCUCCUCCUCCUCCUCGUCGGCCGGGAACGGAGGGCAGCUGGACGCCGAGUGCAUGGGAGACGCUCACUCGCUGCUGUCGGAUUCGCCGCCGGCCGCCACCACGGCGGUGCACGAGGAGGCGGGGCUGAGCGGGAGAAAGCCGGGAACCAAAGCGGGGGGGAACAACGCCGGCUCGGCCAAAGGCUCGUUCCCGUGCCGGUUCUGCGACCAGGUGUUCGCCUUCUCCGGCGUCCUGCAGGCUCACAUGCGCUUCCACCUCGGCAUCCUCCCCCACCAGUGCAACAUCUGCGACUACGUGGCGCCGGACAAAGCCACGCUGAUCCGGCACCUGCGCACGCACAGCGGCGAGCGGCCCUACGUGUGCCGCGUCUGCCACUACCCGUUCACCGUCAAGGCCAACUGCGAGCGCCACCUCAGGAAGAAGCACGCCAAGACGUCGCGGAAGGACAUCGAGAAAAACAUCAAGUACGUCACCUCCACCGCCACGGCGAACCUCGCCUCGGCGAUCACCGCCACGACCACGACGACCACCCAGGACACGGAGACGGGCUGCGCCGGAGGAGCCGAGACCACCUGCCGCUUCUGCGGCGAGGACCUGAAGACGUACCGGGCGCUGCAGAUCCACCUGCGCACGCACAACGGCUGCCAGCGGAAGCCGUUCGAGUGCCGGCGCUGCGGCGCGGCCUUCCUGGCCAAACGCAACUGCAUCCACCACCUGCUGAAGCAGCACCCCGAGGUGCAGGAGAGGGAGAUCGAAGAGCACAUCGCCACGCUGCUUCCCGCGGCUACCGCGGCCACCGCCGCGGCCUCCGCUCGCGCCGCUCCGGUGAACCCGGUAACGCUGAACGGGAUCAAUCCGGCUCCGAUUCAGGCGCUCCGAGCGGUCAAGGUGGAGGCGAACGUCGUGGCUUACCCAGCAGAGCUGGACCAGCCUCUGGACUUCUCCGCCAAAAGUCUCGGCGCCGGCAGCCAGGUGGCGGUGGUGGCGGCGGCGGGGUCUCCCGGCAUCAAACUGGAGAGCGUCUCGCCGAGCUUCGACUGCUCCGUCCUGGACCAGCCCAUCGACCUGUCCGUCCCGAGCAAGAGGCAGCGGCGAGAGGAGGCGAGGGAGGUCAAGACGGAGCUGAGCGCCAGCAGCAUCGUGGACCAGCAGGCGGCUCUGGCUCUGGCCAGGGACGAGAAGGCUGCGAGCGCGCUGCCCCCUCUCCACCCUCACCCGCAGCUCGGCUGCUACCAGCUCCCCCCCGGGUCCACGCCUCCCCCGGCCUCGCUCGCCAACGCCACGCGAGCGCAGCGCCUCAAACCCCUGCUCCCCAAACCGGCGACGUCCUCCUCUUCCCCUUCCUCCGCGGCCAUCAAGGAGCUCCCGCCUCUGGCGUCCAUCGCUCAGAUCAUCCACUCCGUCUCCGGCGCACCGGACCUGCUGAAGAGAGAGGCCGCGUCCACGGCCGCCGCGCUGGACGCCAAACCCCACGCCGCCGCCGUCGUCGUUGGCGCUCCCUCUCUGGCCGAGGCCGCCACCGCCACCGUGGACGCCCCGGGACCCCCGGCGGUCCUGGAGACGCCAAGCGACGAGACGUCGGAGGUAUCCUCCAGGAAGCGGUCCAGGAAGAAGCCUGCCGCCCUGGCGGCGAAGGAGAAAGCCGCGGUGAGGGCCGACGGCUCCGGCAUCGACCUGGAGUCCAGCGGGGAGUUUGCCAGCGUGGAGAAGAUGCUCGCCACCACGGACGCCAACAAGUUCAGCCCCUACCUGCAGACCGGAGCUGCGGACCUGGGAGGAAAGAAAGAUGACAGAGCAGGAGGAGGGGAGGAGAAGGAGGGAGGAUCGAGGGAGGAGGUGAAGCCGGCGACGGUGGGGCCGCAGUCCAAAGGGAAGAAGAACGCGUACUCCAACUCGGUCCAGAAGAUGACCUGCCCCUUCUGCCCCCGAGUCUUCCCCUGGGCCAGCUCGCUGCAGAGACACAUGCUGACACACACCGGCCAGAAACCUUUCCCCUGUCCCAAGUGCGACGCCUUCUUCUCCACCAAAUCCAACUGUGAGCGCCACCUGCUGAGGAAGCACGGCGUGACCCACCGGACGCUGCGACGCAACGGCGCCCUCGCCAAGAAAGACGGAGACGAGGGCUCCCAAGAGAGCGCAGAGAGUCAGUCCGAGACGGAGCAGACGGCACCGGAAGCACACGACCUCAGCGGCGCCAACACCUCCACCGACUCAGGCUCCGCCCCUUCAUCAGAGAGCCCCGCCCCUUCAGACCACCUGGGGGCGGAGUCAGCUCAGUCAAGCCCCUCCCACAAACCAAGCCCCGGGUGCAGUCCGGCUGGCGGCUGUGCAGAGCAGCAGGAGACAGAAAGCGCAGAGCAGCAUCCGGACCUGCAGGGGGCGCCAGAGACCAGAGCAGCACCCAGCAGCAGCACCAAGGUCGAGAGCGCCGACGACGACGACUGCCACAGCAACAAAAGCCUGGACCUCAACUUCGGCAAAAAGCUGAUCGACUUCAAGCUCUCGGCAUCCUCGGGCCCCGCCCAGGAAGAACAGCCUGCGUCCUCUUCCUCGUCCUCCUCUUCCUCGUCGUCCUCGACCUCUGCUCCGCACGCGGCGACGGAGAGCCCGGAGAAGGAGAAACGCGCCCCAAACUCCUCCUCCGGCAGCGCGGCGGCGGCGGCCAAGCAGCAGCCCGAGUACAAGCACGUGUGCCGAGUGUGCAAGAAGAGCUUCCGUUACGCCACCACGCUCGCUCGCCACGAGCGGGCGCACCUCUCCGAGGAGACGCCAACGCCGGCGGCCGAGGAGGAGAACCCGCCGGCGAAAGACGAGGCGGCGUCUGAGAGCGCCGCCUCUGCCGCCGCGGUCGCCAAACCGACAGACGACGAGGAGGAGGAGGAGGAGGAGGAGGAGGAGGAGAAAGAGGUGGAGAUGGAGGCCGAGGAAGCAGACGGGAGGGGGCCGGAGAGCGAGGGGGGAGACAGCGGAGAGGAGGAGGAGGAGGAAGAGAAGGAGAAGGAGGAGAGGAGCGACGAGGAGGCGUCGGAACCAAAGAGUUCGGAGGGAGGAGAGACGUCGGGGAGACGAGUGGACAAGAGGAAGAAGAUCUGCAACGUGUGCGGGAAAAGAUUCUGGUCCCUGCAGGACCUGACCCGACACAUGAGGUCCCACACAGGCGAGCGGCCCUACCAGUGUCAGACCUGCGAGCGGACGUUCACCCUGAAGCACAGCCUGGUCCGCCACCAACGGAUCCACCUCAAGCCCCGCGGCGCCGCCAACGACGACGCCGCCAGCGAGGACGGAGACUCCUGCGCCCACACACCGCCCUCCACCUGCCCGCCCUCGGAGAACGAGAGCGAGUGCGGCAGCAGCGUGGCCGCCGCCGCCACCACCGCCACCGGGGGCAAAGAGCUGGAGGAGGAGGAGGAGGAGGUGGAGGAGGGGGGGGAGGAGGAGGAAGAGGAGCAGGAGCAGGAGGAGGUGGUGAAAGAGGAGGGUGAGGAGGCAGAAUUCACCACGAUGGAGGAAGAAAGCGCCGCGAAACUAGCCGAGUCUGGCGCGGACUCGGAAGCCCCGACGAAAGAGCUGCGCGCCGAGGAGAAGAAGUCUGAACUUUCUGCCGAGGCCGCGACGCAACAACAACAACAACAAAAACAACAACAACAACCCUCCAACGACCUCGACGAGACCGCCAGCCAACAAGCUACUGACACAAAGAAAACUACUAGCGGCGACGACGACAACGUGAAAUCGACGCCAGACUCAAACCUCUCCAAAGACCCCUCCUCCUCCCCCUCGUCCUCCAGCGCUGUGCCAGGGGAGUCCGUGGCAGCUGCCCCCGCAGAGGGCUUCAUCCAGGGGCUGCUGGAGAUCCACGCCAAGCCCCCUCUGGAGCACAUCCUGCCCAACGGAGAGCCUCCUCUGGUCGGGGUAGACUGAGGGAAACUCUCCUCCUCCCCCUCCCCCCAGGCUGUCUGAACCAACGUCACCACAGUGCCAUACCACGAAAAUAGACGCUACACCAUUGAUGAAGAUGAUGAUGCAAAAACCAGCCCGGAAAAAAAAAACCUUUUUUUGAUAGAAAGACGAAAACCUCGUUUUCUUGAAGUGCCUUACUACUAGUCAUACUUCUAAGAGAUGUUUUUUGCUAUAUCUUUAUCUGCAUUAUUACAGAAGAUGGAUCUAAUUUUUAUAGCUUUUUAUGAUAACAAUGAUUUGCAUUACUAUUUUUUUUUUUUGUGCGGGGAAUCUAUAUUUCAGCAAUAAAAAAAAAAAAAAGAAUAAAGUUAUGAUUUAUUAUCGUUCUAGAUUCUGUUUGAGAAUUGAUGAUCAACUUAGGAGACGCGGAGGGUCCAGACAGAGACUCCGAUGGACCGUCUGGUAUCUGCGUUUUAUUCUUCUGUAUUUAAAUCACAGCUCGGCUCCGGGCCACACAACAAGAGGACUGAACUAUCCGAUUUUUAACAUUUCAGCCAACUUCGGAUUUUUAGAGCGGGCUAGUCAGGGCGGGGGAACUUUUCGUGUCUGCCAGCCACAGCGACUUUCCAAAAUUCACCAGCCACUUCUCCGGCUUGACCGGCUGUUUAAAUAUUGUUUGGAUGAAAUAAAACUCUGAGAGGUGGUGGUGGGGGGGGAUGGGAUGGCUGUUAGGCUGCCAAAGUGGCUGCUUGAACCCAGUUUCACUUUGAGAAAGCGUGACUUCCACAGGUGGCUUUGUGGUCGUCCCUUAACGGUGCAAGGAAAGAUUUUUGUAACUGGAAAACACAAGAAAGGGCGGGCACUCGUUGGCGUCCUUUCGGGCUCGCUUCCGCACCAGUUGGCUCACGAAAACGCACGGAAACAUUGACGAACUUGUCAAAGUCGCAUCCGAUUUCUGUGUGGAAAAAGAACUCCUGAAAGGGCAGAUAUAGUGUUGAUCAGUUUGUGUUCUACAUGUUUUUUUUUGUUUUGUUUUUUAAAACCCAUCACACUAUUGAUCCCUUUUAUCCCUCAAAGCCACCCUGUGAGUUGGUUUGUGUGUUAAUAAUUUCUCAUUCACAAUCAUUCUCAGUUGAUUCCAUGUGUGUACAGAGAGUUGAACAUGUGGCACGUGAUGCUAGAGUAUUUUUUUUUUUUUUUGGGGCGUGUGUGCGAUUAUCAGUGACAUUUAGGUGUAGGGAGGGGAAUUCUUGUUUUGUGGAUUUCUUUUUUUAUAACUGAACAAAUCAAUUUUUCUUGUGUGUGUGCGUACGUGUGUGUGCGAAUGUGUGUGACUCCCUCCUGUCUCUCAUCAUCGCCCCCCCUAGUGUUCAUUUAGGGUCUAUUACAGGGCCUCCAGUGUGCUAACGUAUGUCGCCGCUAACGCGUUACCCAGGUUCAGUAUACCUCAACUUCUGCUUCUUAACUGCAACCAUUAAAACAACAGAUGAGCAGCUCUGUAGGCAACCCUUUAAAUCAUGUCUUCCUAAACAGGGCUAGCAAGGGGCUAAUUCGUUGCUAGCCUGGUUUCCACUGUGGGCCAAAUCAGAGCUGGCCAGGGCUAAAUCAUCAGCGUGGCUAGCAAAGGCUAACUUAACUAAGUCGUUACUGGCGUGGCCUCUGCAAAGGCCCAAACUAACCAAGCAGCUAACCAAUGCUAACUCUGUAUCAGCAACACUGUAAUGGACCGCAAAGUCAUUACUACACACAGGAAUAUUAGCCUGUGAUAGCUUAACAGACAUCAGCAGACAGAGUCAAACAAAAGCUAACUAGGGCUUACUGACUAAACCAGACAAAGUUAACCCAGCUACCAAUGCCUUAAUUUGCUUAAUGUCUCUCGUACGCGUUAUUGUGGGUCCCACGUAACUUCUAGGUAAGUCCGGUUGGUUGGGGCGUGGGUUCCAUAAUAACGCGUCUCGUACGGCCAGUUAGCCCUAGCUGGCGAUUAUCGUUAGCCUUAGCUUCAUGCAGGGGACCCACUACGUUUAAAACACAUGCUAGCUAUGGCUAGCUGAGCAGACACCUUAACCAAGCUAACAGUGGAUUAGCUCAGUUAGCUUGUUUGCUAUGGUCAGUUAGCUGUAGCUAUCUUUAACCUUUUUUUUUCCUGAGAUUCAUUUAGUGGUGUCGAAGACUUCAACCACAGGGUAGAAACACAUGCUAGCUGUGGCUAACUGACCAGACCAGACAUCGCUAAGUUGGUUAACGGCAUUUUGAGCUAAUAGCAGGUGUAGCUAGUCUCCUUCCAGUAUUAUCUUAGUAUCUUGAGUUGGCCCUGGAGCGCUUUGGUACCGUUUUGUCCUUAUUUAGCCCGGUCUUCUCCUAUGGGAAAAGCAAUUUGAGGACAAACUGAAUUUGGCGGUAGAGACAAUCAGUUAUUUCCCUGAUUUUUUUUCAAGGUAAAUCCCUCUGUGGAAUCUCAGUAGAUUUCCAGAAGGAGCUAGAUGACAGGAUGGAUGGAUGGAUGGAUGGAUGGAUGGAUGGAGGGUAGGCUGGAUGGAUGGGUAGGUUGUGGGGGUGGGGGUGUGUUCCUGAACUGUAUUACCCUGCUGCACACACAAACAAAACACAAAGGGCUAAUUCCACCCCCUCGCACCAACCCAACCGGACAUUUCCACAACAGAAAACAGGCGGUGAAGUUCUGGUCACUUAUUGAUCCUUACACAUAUAUAUAUAUAUAUAUAUAUAUAUCACAACCAGAGGGGACGGGUAGUGUGUGUGUGCGUGUGCAUUGUCUUUGUCGUGUGAAGAUGAAUAUAGCUAAUUUUUCUUCUUGUAAAUUUACGUUUUCUGUUUUUUUUUUUUUUUUUUUAAUAUAUAUAUAUAUAUCAACCAACCUCAUAAUCAAAAACGAAUCGAACCUCAGUGGCUCAUAACGGAACUGUAAAGCAGCGACGGGCGGACAUUUAGUCGGUCCAAAUGAAAAUAUUGAACAACCACAACUGGACUGACUGACUGACUGACUGGACGCUGCUGUGAACUGGCACUAACAACUUUCCAAAACUACUACUACUACUUCUACUACUAGUACUACUACGGUGGAAUAUCGCGACACAAUCAAGAGAAGAGAGCGAGAGAGUUUCCCACGGGGUUUUUUUUUUUCAGGACUCUAAAAGUAUGGAGUCCCAGCUCUUAGCAGGACUGUGUUUUGAAGUAUAAUUUCACUUUGAAGCAAUCAAUGCAGAAUAAAAUAUCAUUUUCUCCAAAUCUAGAGCGCUGUGAACUGUGUUGUGGCUCUUCAAUCCAGUCCGAAUGUACCCGCAAAGUGUAAAAGCUAGGGAGGAGCUGAAAAUGAAAUAGAUUUUAUAAUGCAGGAUGAGCAUCUCUGUAAUGAAAAUGCUUUCAGGGGUUUCAUGUUUGCAGUUUCACGGUGACAAGAACGCUAUAGAUUUUGGUCUGAAUUGAAAAUGGCUGCUGUUAACUUACUAGCAACCCAAAAUGUCCUCACAACUCACUGUGUGUAGUCUUCAGCAGCGAAGGAUUGAGUUCCAAAACAUGGACAUUGAUUGGCAGAAAUAUUCAGGAUGUCCUUUUUAAAAAAAAAUAAAAAAAAUAAAAGAUUUUAACAGUUUUAGUGCCUUGUAAAAUACUUGAUGCAAGAAGCUUGGUGACUUAAAUUAGAGACUGACUCGCCAGAUUAGUUGGAUAGCCAGAGCGAGUCAGUUACAAUGUUUGUGACUUUACAGUCUGACCUGAAGUAGCUACCUUGCUAACUGUCAUUUAUUAAUUUGGAAGCUAACGGGACGAUAAGUUGUCUUAAGCGCUGUCCUCAACUAAAGAAACUGUUACGUAGUCGCCUUACACUCAGACGUUUUUGGCGAAUUGUUGAUUUAAUCGACAGAUCUGGAGAAAAAAACGGAGUUUCUCCAAAAAAGAAAGAUGUUUACCAGAGAUUUGCUCUCACGUUUGUUGGAAAUAAGUCACUGACCGUGAAAACAACCUAAAACGUGAUUAAGCGACUAAAGAAAUCAUAGUUGAGUAAGACCCAAACGCUCUAAAGUUCACACAACUUACUUCAGAAAGGUUUUCGUACCAUUAAAUCUUGAUUCCGUUUUUGCGGAGCAGUUUAUACUCGACAUGAGGAGGGUUUUUGAAAAAAAAUACAACUAAGUUAUGCUACUGUACAUAGCUGAGCGUCUAUUGCUCAGUGGCCCAAAUGUUCAACCAGUUUAAAGUCUCGCUGCAUGUCAAAUGUCCACCAAAGUUGGAACGAAUUAACUCGAGCGAAUCGACCGAUCGACAAAUCUGUUUGAAAUGAAUUGAUUUCGCAGCAGUACGAACAUUAAUAUGAAGUGCCAUUGGUACAUGGUAAAACAUGAGAUUUUGGUUAAAUAUUCCAGCAUGUUGAAGACUGCUAAUUUAGGGAAACGGGGCUCCUUUUCAAAGAUCUUUGGGACCUUGGUAAAGCGCUUGUGUGUUGUAUAAUUCCUGGCCUGCCAUUCACAGAGGGUCAUUUUCGGCAUUUGGCUUCCGAGCCGUCUUUGGUAGUUCCUGCGUGUGAGAUGGGAGGGAUGUUGCACCUCAGUCAUUAAAAUAUCUGGAUUGGCGCCUCAAUGUAUUUAUUUAUAUUUGGAAAAACAUAGAAAAUAAAAACCGCUUAAUCACGAAACCCCGAAAAACAAAAUCUGUUCUUAGGCUUCGGCUGAACGGCAAAAGUCUUUGAAUUAUUCUGGAUUACGUUGGAAUUAUGAGCUAUAAAUUUCGACUUUUGAUGUGUUUUUUUUUUUUUUAAACUGUUUAUAUCGGUGUAGAAACUCUCUUUCUCUCUCUCGACAGUUUGAUGUUUUGUCAGCUCUAUCUUUACACCCCUCUCCCUCGAGAGCGUGCGUUAAUGUACGUCUGACUUGUGUGUGUGCGCGCUUGCGUGUGUGUGUGUGUGUGUGUGUGUGUGUGUGUGUGUGUCUCUGUGUGCGUGCGUGUUCGUGCACGGCCAUAUGAAUACUGGACUUCCAUUCGAAUGCACGUGGACUGUUUUUAAAUGUAUUUAUUUGGAGCCCAGGUGUGUGUGUGUCUGUGUGUGUGUGUGGGUGCGAGUUAGUUUCUACAAUGACUUGAGAAGAAGCCAUGUAUUAAAAAUAUCACAUUUAUGCUGCAGAACUGUUUUGAGGAACUGAUGGUUUGUGUUGUGGACUAACCGGCUCGCCGUAGGUGUGCGGCUCGUCGCGUCACGUCGGGGGUGCAAAUCGGACUAGCAAUAAGAAUCCCUCUGAAUCCAAAAAGCUUUAUGUAGAUCUCCUGUAUAUGAGAACGAGACUCAUCGUCUGGGUCUCUUGGUUCUGUUGUUAGUUUGGCAGAGAAAUGAUUUUUUUUUGUGCGUUUUUUUUUUUUUUUUUUUUUCUCUAUGACAUAUAAAUGCGUAUAAAACUGUGAAAAUACAUUGUGUUCAGUUAAAGGGUGAGUUUUAGGUUAGUUUUUGUUGUUAUGUUGCAUGUUAAUCUAAUUUCAAUUAUGGAUGAUUUCUCCUUUCUCCAUCUCUUCUUGCGCUACACACACACACACACACACACACACACGAAUAUAAAAAUAUUAUAUAAUCUCGCUCUCAGGGUCUUUCACAAAUCCAUUAUUCGAAAUGCUUCGUGUUCAUAUUUUCCUGAGUUGCAACUUUUUUCCUUUUCCAAGUCCUGAUUAUUUUGUCUUUUUUUUUUUUUUUUUUUUUUUUUUUUUAAAUGAUUCAGAACUCUCAAUCACUACAUUUAGCACUUGACUGUGAACUCGUCAUCGCCUAACAGAUAAAAGAUGUCUUUGGAUGUUUUGGUGUUUUUAAAAAAAAAAAAAAAAAAGCCAGAAUAUUGUUGACAUUUGUUGUUCUGUUUCUCCCGUCUCACUCAGACAUUUUUGGGUUUUUUUUUCUUAAACCUGAAGUCUGAACUUUGUUUCCAGUCCCGGUUCAGAGGUCAAAGGGAACGUCGGAGAGGAGAGUUAAACCCAUCCCUCCUCUUAACACAAACACACAAAAGAUGCUGAACCUCAAUCAGAAAGCAUUAACGCACAGCCAUAACGGUUGUGUUUCCAUCCAUCCUUCCUUCCUUUCUUCCUUCCUUCUUUCCUUCCCUUCCUUCGUCUGUCCUCUCUUCCCUCUGCUGUCUGUAAAACAUGACAGUGUUUCACAAAGUCAAGAGAUGUAAACCUGUUCUGUAUUCAACCCAAUAAGAAACAGCAAUAAAGAUUAUAUUAAGGAAAGGUGUGUGAAUCAAA